CGUUCUUCUAGUCGACUUCUUUUUUGGCUGCGUCCUGUGUGCGGUGUGGUAUUGCAUCCCACCGCAUGGUGUGUUAAGGAUCGAUGUUCGCAUGGUGGGUGUAGCGAGGGUGUGUCUUCUUCGCGUGCCAAUUUGUGUCACGCUAAAGCAUGGCUGCCGUUCACAGCGAGGGUGGCCAUUGGGGUCGACAUGGAGGCUGAACUGAAGCCACCGAUUGUCGACUUGGACUUUAAACCGGAACAUACGAAGCUAGGCGGCACUCCGCUGGCCAUGCUGGCGGCACAAUGCAACAAGCUGGCCAGUAAGAGUCCUCCGCCACUCGCUGACGCAGCCGUGGGAAAAGGAUUUCACCCUUGGAAAAAAGGAGGUCCUGGAGCUUCAUCUUCGCCUCCUCAACAUCAUCGUCAAGGUGGAAUCCCAGCUUGUACCGGAUAUCAACGGUCCCCCACAUCGACGUGCAGCUAUACCCCUUCAGACGCUGCCCUCUUCUACCCGGGCGUCUCUGGCGCUCCGGCCUCCACUUCGACUGAGUCCCUGCUGGCUAAGGUGGAACCCAGUUCACACCUCAGCAGAAUGUACUCCCAUCCUUAUUGCGACAGUUGGCCAUUUAACGUCCCCGGUACGGCGGGCCACAUAAAACCCGAAGUGGCUACCAACGCCUUUAACUCUACGUCCUGGUGGGAUGUGCACGCGGGUGCUGGACCCACGGGGUCAUGGUUGGACAUGUCGGGUGCCCAAGGUCUUCAUUCGCAACUUCCUAACGCCUACCCGGCGUCCGAGUACGGCAUUGGCUCUGGACUCCCAGGUGGACCCCUAUUGUCGUCAGGUCCGUUGCUGCAGGACACUUACAAGUCGAUGCUUCCUUCGCAAGGUGGUGCGGGAUCGAGCGGAGGCGGCUCGGCGUUUGGUUUGUCGCAGUCGGCGUUGCCGCAAGUCCCAUCGCCGCGAUCCCAGAGGAGGUACGCGGGUAGAGCGACAUGCGACUGCCCCAACUGUCAGGAGGCCGAACGCCUUGGACCAGCGGGAGCGCAUCUUCGGAAGAAAAAUAUCCACUCGUGUCACAUUCCAGGCUGUGGCAAAGUGUACGGCAAGACAUCCCACUUGAAAGCUCACCUUCGAUGGCACACGGGUGAGAGACCAUUCGUCUGCAACUGGCUAUUCUGCGGCAAGCGGUUCACGCGUUCUGAUGAACUUCAACGACAUCUCCGGACUCAUACUGGGGAGAAGCGGUUCGCGUGUCCCGUCUGCAACAAGCGCUUUAUGCGGUCGGAUCAUCUGAGCAAGCACGUGAAGACGCACAACGGCGGUACGGGAGACAAGAAGGGGAGCUCCUCUGGGAGCUGCUCGGACUCCGAGAACUCGCAAAGCGAACCACCAGCCCAUGGUACACCACCCCUCGGGGGAUUAGGCUUAGCUGGUAUAGGACCUCCUCCUCCGCACGAUCCCAUGCAUCGGCACAAGUAAAUACGGGUCUAUCAACCGAGUGCCUGGGGGACUUACUGCUGUCUUUACAGCCCUUCAGAAUGUGUUCUCACACGCAUUCUGUGUGUUGUGUCAUGUAUUCGUGGUGUUGUUCAUGUGAUCUGAUCACGCAUCUGUCGCCUAUGGAGACCAAGUUUUGCGACAGACAUUUAUUGUGAACUCGUCGAAACCGUAGUUUCAUUCCGGAUAAUCGAACCUACCAAGACAGUCGAGGACCAACACGAUAGUUGGAAACCGGAUUGGAAAACUAGAAUUCAUUCAUCACGAGCGUCUGGAAAAAUAGAACAUUUCGGGACGCGGCAAAAAGUAAUUUCGUGCAUUAGUGCCAUCUAGAAAGUAUAACGAAACCUGGCUGUUUAAUGCACAAUCUACGAGGAGAGAGAGAGAAAAAAAAGGUACUCGUUUAGCAGCUUUGGAGAACUACUGUGGAGACGACUUCCUUUUGGACAGGAAAUUCAAUGCAGGUUGCAUCCUGAUGACAUCAGUGAAAUGUGAUGAGCGCGCGCGAUCCCUAUAUAUUCUACAACGCGCGCGACGCCUUUUUGUGUGGAUCGUCCAGUGAGUGAACAUUGUACAUAUGAGUGAUUGUAGCUAUGUAUUGAAAAGCUCUCUCGGUGUUUCUACGGAAGACGAACGUCGUUAAUCUUCAUUUAAGAGAGCCUCACAUCUUCUCGAACACACACUCGGGAUUUCCUCCAUAAAUACUCGCUGGCUGGCAAUUCGAUCCCUCUCAAGUUAUUUAAUAGGUAGUGAGCAAAUAAAUGUAUCGCUGUAGGAAGUGUGUCAACUGAGACAGGGUCUUUCUAUGUUCGGUGACUGCCACAUUGAGAGUCCAAUUAAUGGCUUUUGUGACGCUCAAUUGUAACGGAAAGAAUAAUAACAAGUGCCACAACA